AUGUGUGCUAAUGUUGGUGACGAGCUUGAUGAGUGCCCUCAAAGAAUGAGAAGUGAACACAGCAAGCAAAGCAUACUUGUGGAUUUAAUGCAAAUUGAAACGAUUUUAUUGUACACAGGAAUUGGAUGUUGGAUGGUGAGUCGUCUUACGAGUCUAGUUGUGGUAAAAGGUCAUUACACCAGCAUUUCAGACAAAGUCGUUAAGCUCGAAUUCAGUCCUUCGUUCUCGGAUGGUCUGCGAAAAAAGCAGCACUGCAACGACCAGUUCCAUUGUCUCCUGGGCGGAUGCCCCUCAGUCACGUUCUGUCUACGUGCGAUAACUGAGGGAGAAGAACACCUGUCACUUGGCUCAGCCGAUGCAAAGUUCUCCGAGAAAGACCGCAUCCACGCCGCGGAACAUCAUCUGCCGUCUGAAGAUAGGCGACGUUCGAAAGAUUCUACGGUCACAUUCCCAGAAGUCAUCCAUACCUGGGCUGUGUGUCGAACCUACCUGCUUCUAAAACAGAUCGAGGGGAGAACGCUUGAACGGUACUGGCCUUCGCUAUUCUCUGGUCAACGUUCGAGUAUUGAUAUCACCAUCACUAAGCUAUGCAAAAGCCUCGCCAAGAAUAAAUACAUCCUGCUGUCUUUAGUCCGCGUCUAG